ACGUGGCACAAGCCAGGAAAUGAAAAGGCAGCAGUGCAGGAAACCAGGACGCUGCCCAGGCCAUUAGCGGAGAUGGUUUGCGUUGCUCAUGAGCUUGUCAGGAAAUUACUGCUCCGGAAAGCGUGCCUCUGGGCCCGAGGCAGGGCCGGGCUGCUAUAAAAGGCAGCCCAGCUCUCUGCUCUCUCAUCCACUUCUCUCGCCUCCUGCUCCUUGGGAUCCAGGUCACCUCCAUCCCGCAGCCAUGUCCUGCUACAGCUCGUGCCAGCCCUGCGGCCCGACCCCGCUGGCCAACAGCUGCAAUGAGCCCUGUUUCAGGCAGUGCCAGGACUCCAACGUGGUCAUCCAGCCCUCCGCUGUGGUGGUGACCCUGCCCGGCCCCAUCCUCAGCUCCUUCCCUCAGAACACCGUUGUGGGCUCCUCCACCUCCGCCGCCGCUGGCAGCAUCCUCAGCAGCCAGGGAGUGCCCAUCUCCUCCGGGGGCUUUGACCUCUCCGCCUUUGGCAGCGGCCUCUGCGGCAGGAGGAGCCUCCCCUGCUAAAGCUGCUCCUGCACUGGGGCCUCCGCUCACAGAAACCUCCUUCCCUUCCUCUCCUUCGGCUCAUUAAAGUUCUGCUGCGUUGCACCCAAUGCCUCUGUGUACUCCUGUCUCUUUCAACACGCUCUCCCCAGCUGCCCACACAAAGACAUGCUGCUCAGGGCUGCUUUGGGAGGGGGUUCUCGAGAACGUUCGUGUCGUGACUGUCAGCACACGCUUGCACUGAACAAGCUCAGUUGUGCACCCAGUGAUCCUCUAGUUUCUCUCAUUUGCUGCCUGGUUGGGUCGGUUCCGAGUCACCCGACACAGGUCAGUGACUGCCAGCUCCUUGGCUGUGGAAA